AUGGAGGAACUUAAAUUAGACCGAUCAGCAAAGUUUCUUGUAGUAGGAAUAGAGAAUAUAUCAAAGUCCAGGUUAAAUCAGCUUGAAGAAUGGAAACAGUUGGAUAAUCCGAACAAAUCCUCAGUUGAUAGACUAAACAGAAGAAUUAUUACUGAAGUCAACCUCAAUAACGACGAUGAAGAUAACGAUGACAAUGGUAGAGCAAACAGGACUAAUGCACAAGAUACUUAUAAGUUAUAUUUGGAGGACAUUUCAACCAAGAAUAUUACACAAGCUUAUGAAAAGGAACCAUUACGAUUUUUACGUGUAGAAAAUACCGGCACUCCCCUACCAAUAAAACUUGGAGGUAGAUUAACAGUUUUAAAGGGAGCACUGACUUUCAAUGGAGUGCUACUUCUCACGAAUAAAAAUUGUGAAUAUCAUGGCAUUCAUCCGGACGAUGCGAACUAUGUGUCUAUACUAAAUGAUGGUGUAAUUAAGAAACAAAUUGAGUUACUCCUGCUCUAA